AUGGAUUCACAGGAUUUCAAGUUAUUGCUUGAACUUAUUGGACCUAAAAUAGAGAAACAAAAUACAGUAAUGAGAAUGGCAAUAACAGCAGAAGAAAGGCUUAUUGCAACACUUAGAUUCCUUGCUACAGGCAGAUCAUACGAAGAUCUGAAAUUUAGUACGUGCAUAUCUGCACCUAGUUUAUCAUACAUAAUCCCAGAAACGUGCAAAGAGAUAUUUGAAGCUUUGAAAAAGGACUACAUGAAGGUAAAUAUAUCAAUUUAUUAA